ACAAAACCUGCAGCCCGCCGCCGUGCCUGCCCUUUCAGUCUCGUUCAUACUCGUCGUGGUCCCAGUCUCUCCGUCUUGCCCGUCCGUCGCUGUUGUCGCCUCUUUAGUGUCCGUCCCCGGUCUCGAUUACGGAUCAUCCUGGGCGCUCGAACUCGUUUCUCAGCCCUCUCGACACGAAUAGUUUGUUUUGUUCUUUUGCCUAGACCCGCGCGCGCAGCAUCAGCGGACAAGAAAGCCCAGCAUGAGCGGCAGCGACAAGAUGGAGGUCGAAAUGGCCGAGCAGAAGAUGAAUGAGCUUGCGCACAGCGAGCAGCACUACUUCAAGAGCUACGACCACCACGGCAUCCACGAGGAAAUGCUGAAAGAUGAGGUCCGCACGCGGUCGUACAUGAACGCCAUCCUCCAGAACAAGCACCUCUUCAAGGACAAGGUCGUCCUUGACGUCGGUUGCGGCACCGCCAUCCUGUCCAUGUUCGCUGUUAAGGCUGGCGCGAAGCAUGUCAUUGGCGUCGACAUGUCGUCCAUCAUCUUCAAGGCGCGCGAGAUCGUCAAGGCCAACGGCCUGUCGGACAAGAUCACCCUUAUCCAGGGCAAGAUGGAGGAGGUCAAGCUGCCCUUCCCCAAGGUCGACAUCAUCAUCUCGGAGUGGAUGGGCUACUUUCUUCUCUACGAGUCCAUGCUCGACACUGUCCUGUACGCUCGCGAUACCUACCUCGAGAAGGACGGCCUCAUCUUCCCCGACAAGGCCACCAUCUUCUUUGCCGGCAUUGAGGAUGGCGACUACAAGGAUGAGAAGAUUGGAUUCUGGGACAACGUCUACGGAUUCGACUACACGCCCCUCAAGGAGACGGCCCUGUCCGAACCCCUCGUCGACACCGUCGAGCUUAAGACGGUCGUUACGGACCCGACGUCGGUCCUGACCCUCGACCUCUAUACUUGCACCACCGCCGACCUGGCCUUCACCACGCCCUUCAAGCUGUCGGUGAAGCGCGACGACUUCAUCCACGCCCUCGUCUCGUGGUUCGAUAUCGACUUCACCGCCUGCCACAAGCCCAUCCGCUUCUCCACGGGCCCCCACACCAAGUACACUCACUGGAAGCAGACCGUCUUCUACUUCAAGGACGUUCUCACCGUCCAGGAGGGCGAGGAGAUUAACUGCAAGCUCCUCGUUAAGCCCAACGACAAGAACCGCCGCGACCUCGACAUCGAGGUCGACUACGAGCUUGAGACCAACGACUCCACCCGGACCAGCGCCGGCAAGUGCACCUACCGCAUGUGCUAGUUGGUUGACGAGCAAGUGGGCAUGGUAGGGCAACAUGAUUUGGGAACUUGGGAGGUUUUUGUUUUCUGGGUUCAACAUUUGAGGGCAGAGCUGUAGCUGCCACUACGCGCGGAAGAGUUCAAGGACGAAAACAGGUCCAGAAGGGAGAAGAAGACGAUGAGGAUGGUAGCCCGCGGAGAGGCGCUUGGGACGAUUUGCAUGGGGUUUUUGCCCUCCAUUGUUUCUUCCACCACUGAUAGAGGCGCUCUGUGUUGGGUCUGUUACGACGGCAUCAAAGGGGGAGGGGGUAUAAAAGAGAACACAAUGAGACAAGAAGUAAGAGGCGUUUACGUGA